AUGGGCUUCCAGGUCGGUGUCGGUGUCACACUGGCCCUUAUACUCGCCGUACUAUACGAGUAUCUCAUCUAUCCAGCCUUUCUCUCACCAUUAGCGAAGAUUCCUAAUGCGCACUGGUCUUCUGGCUUCUCCCCCGCAUGGCUCUUGUGGAUGAAAUGGACACAACAAGAAAAUCGACAAGUCUAUAGGCUACACAUGUCGAAAGGUGCUGCCAUCCGACUCGCGCCGAACCUGAUCAGCGUCAACGGCUUCGAAGAUGGUAUCAAGACCAUAUAUCAAGGAGGAUUUCCUAAACCACCCUCAUUUUAUUUUAAUGGAUUCGCCGUCUAUGGAAUCGGUAACUUGUUCACAAUUGAAGACAACGACGUCCACCUGGCCCAAAAGAAGCUACUGUCACCUACCUUCACAAAAACCUUCAUCAUGUCAUCGCAAACCCUCCGUGCAGCCACACGAGAAGUCCUGUUCCGACGAACCCUCCCACUCAUAUUCGAGGCAGCUAGGGCCGGAACUGCUUUGGAAAUGAUUGAGCUUGAUUAUUCUUAUUUCUUGGACACAUUUACCCACUGGCAGUUCGGUCGUUCGAUCGGUAGCAACCUUGUUCAAGACCUGGAGGAAAGGCGACUUUAUCUGGAUGGCUUCUUCAGCAUAUCUCACUACACCUUCUGGCAGUACCAAUUCCCAAGACUCGCGAACAACCUACGAAGGAUUGGCAUCUACCUUAUUCCGAAGAAGGUCGACACUGAUUUCCAGAAGGUUGAAGAGUGGAAUCUUCAGAAAUGUGAUGAGGCCCAACAACUCCUAGCCACCAAGCAAAAUAUAUCCCUCGAUGACCAACCGACUGUGUUUGAGCGGGCUUACGCGGGCAUGAGCAACGUAAAGUCUGAACCUGGUCGUUACCCUCGGCGUAUAGAGCUUGCCAGUGAGAUGUUUUCUUUAAAUUCAGGGGCAUUUGAAACCAGUGGCAAUACUUCGACCUAUACGUUCUAUGAGCUGAGUCGACAUCCAGAGUGGCAGCACAAGCUUCGAGAAGAACUACUAGCGUUGCCAAAACCAUUGGUGUACAUACAUGGCAAGGAUAUUGAGCUCGACGACUUGGCCGAUGCAAGGGAUCUAGACACGUUACCAAUUUUGCAAGCCAUUAUAAUGGAGACAAUGCGCCUGUGGCCUUCAGUGCCGGGUGGACAACCACGGAUGGCCCCGAAGCCUUGCUCAUUGGGUGGCUAUAAUGACAUACCCACCGGCACUGUUGUCCAGUCGUAUGCGUGUGUCUUGCAUCGAACACCUGAGGUAUUCCCAGACCCGGAUCAAUGGAUGCCCGAGAGAUGGCUCGAAGCCGGUAAAGAUGAAUUGACGAUGAUGAAACGAUGGUUCUGGGGCUUUGGUAGCGGCGGUCGAGGUUGUCUUGGAAUGAAUGUCGCUAUCUACUCUAUCAAGUUUUUAUUCGCAAGCGUGUACACCAACUUUACGACUUCUAUUCAUGACUGUGGCGACAUGACACCUAUCGACAAUUAUCUUGCAGGGCCUAAAGGACAUCGGGUGGAAAUCAAGUUUCAUCCCAUCACAUAAUUGGAAAUGCUCCAAUCCCAAGAGCUUCUUGACGAGUCCUACGUUUACGAUAAUGAACUCUUAUCCUUUUGUCUACGAAGAAUGGAACAUGCCAUAUUUUCACCAUAUCCACAGAUUGGAUUUUGCAGCGCCAACGACAGUAUUGAGUGACGGAUCUUAUCCAAUUGUCUUAACACAUUGUCUCUCACAUGCAUGCCACGGCUCAUCGACGUUGAGAUGCGAG